AUGGGAGAGCCUACGUACAAUGCCAUUGAAGACUACGGCUUGAUCGGGGACAUGCACACCUGUGCCCUGAUCAGCAAGGCUGGUAGUCUGGAUUUCAUGUGCUGGCCAGUCUUUGACUCUCCUAGUGUCUUUUGUCGCCUUUUGGACGACAAGAAAGGAGGAUUCUUCUCUGUGGAGCCUCACAAGACGGUGGUCGAUUCCCACAGCAAGCAGCGGUAUCUCCCAUACUCGAAUCUACUCGAAACCCGGUGGACCAACGAGGAUGGUGUCGUGACCAUGCUGGACUACUUUCCUGUCAGCCCUAGAAAGGGUGCGCAAUCCGCUCGGUUGCUGUCGGGAUACUGUCCCUGCAACGAACCAGGGACUAACCGCUUCAAGUCGGGAUUGCAGCACUCGGGCCUGAUUAGAAAGCUGGAGUGUGGCCGUGGCACGAUGGAACUGCAAGUGGAGCUCUUCCCGGCUUUUAACUAUGCACGAGACUCGCACAACACACGUGCAAAGCUGGAAAAUGACCUUUCCAAGCACCGGCUCCAGACUGUCCAUUUCGAGAGCGAGUCCGAGCGCUUGCAGCUUGAGAUCUUUGCUGAUUCCUGGGAACCAGACAAGCUUGGUCUCCCCGCGGCGUCUUUCAAACUGGAGGAACGAGAGGGUUUAAAUGGUCGGGGAUUGGUGGCAUGGAUUCGUCUAUCCGAAGGCCAGACAGUCUCUCUGGUGUUGCACAGUCCCGAGAAGGCCGUUCCCAGUUCGGCCACGAUGGGAGCUUACCUCCUCAAGAUGGAGGAAGAAACUUCCGAAUACUGGACCAACUGGACACGCAAGUGUGCCUUCCGUGGUCAUUACCGUGAGACAGUUGAGCGCAGCCUUCUGAUUCUGAAGCUCUUGACCUACAAACCCACAGGUGCAAUUGUUGCGGCGCCCACCUUUUCACUCCCGGAAAACGUUGGCGGCACUCGAAACUGGGAUUAUCGGUACUCCUGGGUGCGUGACACGGCCUUUACGCUGUAUGUCUUCCUCAAAAUGGGCUACAGCGAGGAGGCGCAAGCGUAUGUCAACUUCAUCUUCGAACGGAUCUUCCCUCACGCUUCCCAAGACAUUGAUCCCAGCAGCAAACGGCCCUUCUUGCCGCUAAUGUUCACUAUCCGGGGUGAGUGCGAUAUUCCCGAGGUGGAAUUGGACCACCUCGAUGGAUACAAAGGCAGCAAGCCCGUCCGCAUUGGCAAUGCUGCUGUGUUCCACACGCAGCUGGAUAUCUACGGUGAACUGUUGGACAGUAUCUAUCUGUACAACAAACACGGUAACCCCAUCACCUAUGAUCAGUGGAUCUCCAUCCGGCGUAUGAUCAACUAUGUUGUCGGUGUCCAGCAACUGAAGGAUAUGUCCAUCUGGGAAUCGCGUGGUCAAAUCCAAAACUUUAUCUAUUCGAAGAUCAUGAUGUGGGUGGCCCUGGAUCGUGGAAUUCGCCUCGCGGAGAAGCGUGCUAGCCUCCCAUGCCCCGACCGGUUCGAUUGGAUCAGGGUUCGUGAUCAGAUGUACGACGAGAUCAUGACCAAGGGAUACAACGAAGAGCGUGGUCACUUCUGCCAGAGUUACGAGAGUCGUGACGUCCUCGAUGCAUCUAUCAUGAUUGCUCCCUUGGUCUUCUUUGUGGCGCCCAAUGAUCCACGAUUCAUCAGUACUCUGAAGAGAAUCCUGGAGAACCCUGAGAAGGAGGGUCUGUCCAGUGCAAAGAUGGUCUUCCGUUAUGACCACCAAAGAGCCAACGAUGGCGUUGGAGGAGGUGAAGGCGCCUUCAUCAUGGUAACCUUCUGGCUUGUUGAAGCCAUGGCUCGUGCUGCUCAUUAUGAUGUGCCAAUCGCGAAUAUGUGGAAGCUCGCGCUUUCACACUUUGACAACAUCCUGUCCUACGCAAAUCACCUAGGCAUGUUCUCCGAAGAAGUUGCCAUUUCUGGUGAGCAGAUGGGCAACACCCCACAGGCAUUCAGUCAUCUGGCAUGUAUCAGUGCGGCAAUAAAUCUGGAGAGACUUGGAUCAAAGUAG